AAAUCCCGCUGCUUUCGACCAGUACGCACGUAUUUACCUCUGUGUGUAAGACAGCGUACCUUGGGAAAACCAGAUCCAUCUACUUAAGGAGUAUUACUUAAAGAGUACUGGAGGAUCGUAGGAUGCACCGCGUACCGGUAGUUGAGUCCUCGUGGUUUAGGGACCAACUGGCAUGAAAAUCGCACGUGACAACAGCGGGGCUCCCGAAUUUUUCGCUCAACACACUUCAGGCCGCAAGCCAAGCGGAACGUUUUAUCGUCAGGCGCUGAUGACAACGUGGGUCAACCAUCAGCCUUUCGGCUUUUCCUAAUUACUGCUGGAGUAUGUAACUCAACAUAUGGACCCGCUGCUACAAAUCUAACAAGACUUCUAACGGUAUCAGACAUCCCGCAAAUUUACAACCGAAACGCAAGCAAGCACUCCACCUCAUCCUAGCCUAAAACAUUCCUACUCCGACUCAGAAGAUUCGAUCGAUCUGCAGCAUCAUACCAGAGCUCAUAGUAUCGCGUAUUCCAGCGAAGCUACCCGCUACGGCCUUCAGUACUGCCACGCCGUUGAAUAACGGAAUUUGGACUGGGGAGCUCGAUCAAAUGCCUAUCCAAAACCCUAUCGAACCCGUCGAUUCGGAGGGUCUUCGCACAAAGAUCCUAGCUACGAAACCUGGCCAAGAGAAGGUCAUAUUAACGGAGGUCAAGAAUCAUGUAAGUGAGAGCUUCUUCACAAGGUACACCGGCUAAUUCUGAGCACUUCAAGCUCGAAAAGUCAGGAUACGCAACGUACCAACAGACCAUAGAGGAAACGAGAGAGGUGGGCUUGACAGGGAAGUGCAUAGUCUUUCUCAUUAGAGGCGCGUUUGAGGUUGGCGGGAAUACCAUAUCGAGUAAUGGACUAGGACACCCAGUGCAUGAUGAGAAGACCCUUCGACUGCAACAGAAUACUGUUAUAGUAAUCAUCAAUACAAACUAAGUUGAUCCUGCCUAUUG